AUGUGCUACAGCGCUGGAAUCAGCGCGUGCGAGAAGGGUGGGCAGUGGCAGCAGGCGCUGUCGCUACUGACACAGGCCAGAGGAUCUGUUUUGGAGCUGGAUGUCGUCAGCUACAGUGCGGUCAUCAGCGCGUGCGAGAAGGGCUGCCAGUGGCAGCAGGCGCUGUCGCUGCUCAGGGAGCUGUGCGCAGCGAGGCUGCAGCCCGACGUCGCCAGCUACAACGCCGCGAUCAGUGCGUGCGAGAAGGGUCGGCAGUGGGAGCAGGCGCUGUCCCUGCUGGGGGAGGCGGAGGCGAGGGUGGGUGCAAGCAUCUUCAGCUACAAUGCCGGCAUGAGCGCCUGCGAGAAGGGCGGGCAGUGGCAGCGCGCGCUGUCCAUCUUCGGGGACAUGCGGGAGGCGGAGGUGGAGCCGAACGUCAUGAGCUACAGUGCAGGGAUCAGCGCGUGUGAAAAGCGGAGCCAGUGGCAACAGGCAUUGGCGCUGUUCAGGGGAAUGUGUGAGGAUGUUCUGGAUCCUGAUGACAUCAGCUACUGUGCUGUUAUCAGCGCGUGCGACAGGGGCGGUCAGUGGCCACACGCGCUGUCGCUGCCCGGCGACCUCAGGAGCACGAGGUUUGAGCUGAAGGUCAUCAGACAGUGUCAGUCUUGGAGUCGGCGCCUUCGAGAAACACGAGGAGUGGAAGGCAGCCUUCUCUUUACUGUGGCGAUUGCGCGUUUCGAGGUUGUUCUGGAUUUUGACCUCCAGACGUCUCCAGAGGUCCACGGAGAUUCCUGGACGACCUCCCGAGGCUUCUGA